UUCAGCAGUCUCAGUCGGUGUCGAUCAGCACAUAUCAAUCAUACGCCGAGUGUGUCCAAUUAGCGAGAGGGCCAGGUGUUUGUUCUGUUUGCUGUGUUCUUCGGCCAGGCUCUUGAAAUCGAAUUACACGCCAUGUGAUCCAUGAAGAGCGCUGCAACCAGAAGAGAACAAUCCCCCAGUCAUCGGGGAAUCAUUACUGAGCAGGCCCUGUUGUCAAAGUACAGGCAUAGGAAUCGAAAUUAGAGCCACCAGUUUGCCAAGUUCUAGUUUUGGAUUGGACGGCGAGGCGCCCAACUGGAUAGCAGCUAAUUAUACAGCCUAAACUGUAUUAAUUCGAGAAUCUUCUGCCGAGCGAGUUCCGGUUCGAGUUGGCUAGUUGCCAAUUGCAGAGCGAGGCAGCCGAAAUGACGACCUACAUGAAGAUUGUCGAGGAGCGCAUCUCCGGCCUGGCGAAAGGCGUUGAUGAGACGGUGGACAGCUGGUUCCUGAUGAGCUCCCCUGGGCCCGUGGUGGCCGUGGUGCUGGUCUACCUGGCCUUCGUGCUCAAAAUCGGACCCGAGUACAUGAAGAACCGCAAGCCCAUGGACCUCAAGCGCAUCAUGGUCUUCUACAACGCCUUCCAGGUCCUCUACUCCAUUUGGAUGUGCCGCACGUCCAUCCAAGAGAGCAACGUGAUGGCCUCGAUCUUCUCGAAGAAGUGCGAGAUCAACCGCACCAGGGAGCAGAACCUGACCCUCUACUCGGGCGCCUGGUUCUACUUCUUCUCGAAGAUCAUCGACCUGCUGGACACGACGUUCUUCGUGCUGCGCAAGAAGGACAACCAGGUGUCCUUCCUGCACGUCUACCACCACACGAUCACGGUGCUCUUCUCCUGGGGCUACCUGAAGUACGCUCCCGGGGAGCAGGGCGUCAUCAUCGGCAUCCUCAACUCGGGCGUGCACAUCAUCAUGUACUUCUACUACAUGGUGGCCGCCAUGGGACCGCAGUACCAGAAGUACCUCUGGUGGAAGAAGUACAUGACCAGCAUCCAGCUGAUCCAGUUCGUCCUCAUCCUCGGCUACAUGCUCGCCGUCGGCGCCAAGGGCUGCAACAUGCCCAAGACCCUCACCUUCUUCUUCGUGGGCAACACGGUGAUCUUCCUCUACCUGUUCGGCAACUUCUACCGCAAGACCUACAACAAGAAGAAGGCCAUCGAUGGCUCCGGCUCCGGUUCGGUCCGCUCCACUGGCAGCAGCCUGGCCCAGUCCGCCCUGCGUGCCGCCGGCGGCAUGGGUUGCAUGCCCCAGACGAUGAACGCCGGCAAGCACGUCCUGCAGAACGGCCAGCCAGGAAAGGCCUACUUGGAUCUGAACAACAACAGCGUGAAGCCGAUGAAGCUGGAGUGAGAGUGGUGCCGGGAUUCAGUUAUCAGUUAGCAGAUAGCAAAGUUAAAAUUUAGCACUACGUUUUAGAGCGGGGCUUAGUCUAAGUAACUCUUAACUCUACCAUUACCCCUAACCUUACCUUACCAUACCUUACCUUACCUUACCUUACCUUACCAUACACUAUUGUAGUCCGUAGUCUGCGGAGAACCUUGUAUAAUGUUUAUAUGCCGGGCAGGCGACGAUCCGAACCCAAAAAGUAGCUAGAACCCUAAGUGUUUGUUUGUGUGGCUGCGGCCAAGUCUGACUGAGUACGUGUUAAUGUUUUUCUAGCUGAUGUGUGCCUGUGUGUGCGAAAGUGUGAUAGAGCUUCUUAAUGAAAUGCAGCCGUAAAGAUUUCAAUAAAACUUUGAUUUUGUAUAUUUAAUAAAAGCCAA